AUGAAGCUAACAGAUUCACAAAAACAUCUUUAUUCGCAAUAUCUGGCGGUUACGUUAAUUGCUGUCCAAUUUAGUUUUGAUACCUGUGUGUAUCUAUCAAGUGUGGUUCAGUAUGUCAAAGAAUGUGGAUCGGAUGAUCCUGAAAAUUACUUAUUCAUUUUACAAGCUGUCUCUGCUGCAGUACAAGUAUUUUUCUCAUUUAUUAUCGGUGAUAUUGCUAGUUAUGUUGGCUCUAUCAAAUGGGUAAUAAUCUUUCUUUAUUUUUUAUCAUUCGUGGGCAAUUUCCUAUAUUCCUGUGCAGGAGCGGUCUCUUUAAACACGUUACUUGGUGGUCGUAUUAUAUGCGGGGCAGCAUCGUCUUCUGGAGCGGUGGUGUAUAGUUACAUUACCGCUAUAAGCAAGGAUAGAACAACGAUCUUCAAAUUAUUCUCAAUUUAUCGUACAUCUGCUGGUAUAUGUAUGGCGUUAGCACAAUUAGUGGCUAUUCUCUUUGCAUUAUGCGAUUUUACAGUCAGAGGAUAUCGUAUUACCUCUUACAAUGCACCCACAUUUGCUUCUAGCUUUAUCAUUUUACUUAUCUGCGUUCUUCUUAUGUUUGUCUUGGAAAACCCGCCAGUGAAAAGUGCGAGAAAUCCUAAGAAUUAUCUGGACGCUUGGAAGAAGUUUUUCAGUGCUGGUAGUAACAGACUAAUUGCAUCUUUGAUUCUACUUUGGAAUAUGUUCCUUUCAACGUUUUUCAUGUGUGAAGUCCUUUACUUUAUGCCUAUUUUCUUAACUCUAAAUGUGGGUUGGAAAACAGAAUAUGAGGGAGUGGCAUUUAUGGUUUCUGCCGUGCUAGGUGUAGCUGGAAGCUUUUUUGCGCCGGACUUAGUAAAACUAUUCGCAAAGUUAAAUACUCCCAGCACGCAAGAUGAAACAGACACGAGUGACAACGAUAAGAUUGAGAAGGAAGAGUCUGAACAAAAAAGUGACAUUAACACAUUACACAGGAAUCAAGUUUCUUUAACCAUAUUUGCAUUAUUCGUCGCUUUAAUAGGCCAAGCUUUCAUGAUUGGAGCUUCCGAGGCAUUGUCCAAUGACAAAUUGCCAAAAACAAACUCUGGUAUCUUUUUCACCGCUGGAUUGUCUAUCACAAUGUUAGGCUAUAAUUUUAUGGGAUCAAGUGUACCGGCAUUAUUCUCUAUGUAUAUAGAUCCCCAAGUCAAGGUUCAAUUAAUGCCGUUUAUAGGAGCUAUUGCAGGUGUCGGUAAAUUAGUUGCCCCUAUAGUACUUGCAGCCCUUUACAAAACACCGCUUGGGCUCCCAAUUGGUGUGGGAUUUGGAAUGAUACUGGUUGGGAUAUCCAUUCCUUCGCUAGUUUAUCUUAGGAGGAACAAAAUGUGA